AUGCUACUUAAGAGGGCCAGAUCAUCGUUCCGAAUAUUUCGAACAGUUCUAGUAAGGUAGACAUUUAAAGAUGCUGACAUUUAACCUAAAUCCCCCUCCCCCCCCCUUCUGUAUCAAUUAUCUGUCGUUUCUUCAACAAAAACAGCAAAUAAUUAAUACAGAGGCUUCUUACUAAGUAAGGUUUGUAAGAUGUUUAGACUCUAGUCCACUGUCUACGUCAAGUUAGAUAAGAAAAUUUUUUUAAAUCUGUGUCAACAAAAAUUACGUUUACAAUCGUUUGAUUAUAUUAAAAAUCGCUGCGUAAUCGCGAUCGAUGUUUUCCUCAAGUAUUUCGUCAAAUUGCACGAAUCGUUUCUGUCGUGGAACGUUCGCGCAGCCGAAGGAAUAAUUUAGAAAAUAAUUCAUCAAAAACUCUCACCUUUUAUCCAAAGGUGAAAUUAGUUAAUCGUAUUGCGCAUGCAAGCAGAAAUCUCGCAUCGAGUAAAGAUGGAGGAGGGAAGGAUAUACCAGCAUGUUCGAAACUAGCCAGAUUCGAGUCGUGUCAGUUGGACCCGUGCAUGCUGGAUCCAUGCAAACCGGAACCAACAGUGGUGAUCAUCGGCGCGGGGAUGGCCGGGCUUUCGGCGGCCCAUCGUCUGGCACAGUGUGGUCUUCAAAAUUUCACGAUACUAGAGGCAACGGAUAGACCGGGAGGCCGGAUUCAUUCGUGUUGGUUUGGCGACGUGGUGGCCGAGAUGGGUGCAACGUGGAUCGAAGGAGGCUGCGUGGCGAACCCGGUGUUCACGCUGGCCGCCCAAGAGGGUCUUCUGAAGCCGCCUCUGUUCAAGUUGGAUCCGAGCCGCGGCCUUUUCUGCACGAGUGACGGCCGCGCUAUCGAUCUGCCUGUCAGCAUCACCGCUUAUCACACGUUUCGACAGAUCGAGCAACAGGCGGCCACACUUUUCUCCCUGGGUUCCGGCCGCAGCCACGGUACGUUGCUGAAUUUCAUGGGCGUUCGAAUCCAGCAGGAGCUGCACAAUUUCCCGGAGGAGCAACGGUACGACGCGGCCCGUGUCAUGUACGGAAUGACAAACUGCGUGAGGUGUCGAUGCGGCGACGAUCUGUCGCUGGUUUCUGCGGAUCAGUUCGGAAGUUACAUCGAGAUACCCGGCGGCAACGUGAGAGUGCCCCUUGGAUACGUCGGCGUGCUUGCCCCUCUGUUACGAGAUUUGCCGAGCUGUGCUCUCAAGUACUGCAAGCCGGUCAGUUGCGUUAGAUGGGGUGCGAUCAGCGAUUCGUGUCCUCGAGCGGUGGUGAAGUGUUGCGAUGGCGAGGAAUUCCCGGCGGACUAUGUGAUCGUCACCGUGUCGCUCGGCGUUUUGAAACACCAGCACGACAAACUUUUCUGCCCGGCGUUGCCCGCCGAGAAGGUCGAAGCCAUUUGCAAAUUGGGCUACGGAUACGUGGACAAAGUGUUCCUGGAGUACGCGAGGCCGUUCUGGGUAUGGAAAGAAGGUGGCAUCAAACUGGCCUGGUCGGCUGAUGAACUCGCUGACAGAUGCGACUGGGUAAAAGGGAUUUCAAUGGUGGAGGAAUUGUCGAGCUCGCAGCAUGUUCUGUGCGGGUGGGUUUGCGGCCGGGAGGCAGCGGAUAUGGAACUGUGCUCCGACGAAGAGGUCGUGGAGUCGAUAACGAGAGUUCUCCGACAAUUCACUGGCGAUCCCACGCUUCCUUAUCCGGCGAAUCUUCUCAGAAGCCGAUGGUGCAUGGAUCAAUACUUCGCCGGUUCGUACAGUUACAUGGGGAUAGACAGUACCGUUGGUCAUCAGUGUGAUUUAGCUAGUCCACUGCCAGGCAGUUGCGAGCCUAUACCGCCGAUUCUUUUAUUCGCCGGAGAAGCCACGAUCCCAGGACAUUACAGCACGGUACACGGUGCCAGAUUGAGCGGCAUUCGCGAGGCGGAGAGAGUAAUUCAACUAACGAAACGAUUCGGUGGUCCGCCAACUAUGGCAUCCACCAACAAGAGCUGA